AUGAGUCUAUUCAUCGGCAAUAUCUCAAGAAAUGUGACUGCAAAAGACCUUCAUGCGAUUUUUGACAAAUUUGGAAAAUGCGCUGUAGACGUCAAAGGAAACUUUGCUUUUAUUGAUUUUGAACAAGCCAGAGCUGCAGAUCAAGCCAAGGGAGCAAUGCAUGGCAAAGAAAUCAUGGGAAACGUGAUAAACAUUGAAUGAAGCAAGAAAGGGCCCAAAAAUAAGCUUCCACAAGCGUCUAAUACCUCAAAAAAUGCUGCAAAAGCUGAUAUUGAAUGCUAUGUGUGUGGAGAAUUAGGACAUAUGGCGAAAGAGUGCAAGCACCAGGAGAAAAACGAAAAUGGGCAUAAAUUGGAGAUUGACAGAGCUGGGAUCCUGGAAAACCUACGAAAAGAAAAAAGCAGAACGAGGGCAAGACUUAAAAGUCCAGACCGCUACAGCAAAAUGAUGCUGAUGAAUUUUAAUAUUCUUAGACCCUUGUAG